CCUGCCUCGAUCCUGUGGCGCUCCCGUCCCCGGUGCCGGUCCCCGCACUCACAGCUGCCGCGAGUACCGCGGCUCCUCUUCGCUUCCCGCCAUGACGGCCCCGCACACCGACCGGCCCCACCCCCGGGGAGGAGCCAGUCCCGCAAGGCCCCGCCCCGACAGCGCAGCUCGGUACAGGGUACAGGACAGGCCACGCCCCCAGACCGGUGUUCCGCGGCCCCGCCCCAUGGACCACGCCCCCAGCGCAGGCGGCAUAGGAGGCCCCGCCCCCGGUGCCGCGCUGAGGGCGGGCUGGCGGGCAGAGGCUCCGCCCCCCCGGCAGCCUCGCCCCCGGUACCCCGCGGCCAUGGCGGCGGUGGCGGCGGGCUGGCAGCCGCCGUGGCGGGCGCUGGCCGCGCUAGGCCGGGAGCUGGCGGCCGAGUGGGCGGCACAGGACGUGCGGGCCGCGCUGUGCCAGCUGCUGCUGCUCUGGCUGGGCAUCAGCCUGCUGGGCGUCCGCCUGGCCUGGCGCGCCUACGGCGGGGCGGUGGCCGCGCUCUGCUACCGGACCGGCCCCGCCGGCCGCCGCUCCCCCGGCACCGCUUCCGGGGCCUCGCCCUCCCGGCCCCGCGCGCACUCCCUGUCCCCCGCCGGCCCGGCGGGACGCAACGGCGCCGCCGAGCGGCACUGCCCGCCCCGGGAUGGCCCCGCAACAGAGCCCAUGAAGACACACCGGGAGUGAGCAGCACCAGGGCUGCCAGCUGGGUACUGCCAACACCAUUAAAGUGCUGUGCCCACC